AUGGCGGAGAACAGCGUUCUAGGUGAGCCUACAUCUGGCAAGACGACAUAUCGACACGAAAAUGGCACACAAAUCACCACACAGCUGCACCUGCAUGAUUCGGAAGCCAUGAACAUGACACCGCUUAUCAAUCUUCAAUGGCGCUGUCUACACAUGGCGGCCUUGUCUGGAGCCGCCGUAUCGUCUGCUCUUGCAGACCCGGAGCAUUUCGAGCCACCGGGGGACAUCGAGGCGCCAGAGAAUUUUUGA